UGAAAACAUUCCCUGCUAGCUGGGAUCCAACUCUGUACAUUGUUGUUUUUAAUUAAAUAAUAAUAAAUCAUAAAUCCAAAGCUGUGGACAUGGCGUGAUGGCAGGGGACCAAAACCAACUACUAAAGCCCAGCGAUGCCUCUGUUUCGGGCAACGGGGGAAAGUAGCAAGUUAAAGGCUCAGUCCAGGAGGAGGAGGAAGGUACGUGGCAUGCCAGAUGAUGAUGGCUCUGUCCUUUCUCUCACACGCCUGUGUCUGCUGAACCUGUCUGACAACAUGAAGGAUGUGUGGGCAAAAGACUAUGCUGACAACUACCUGGAUCAAUAUUUCUUCAGACACAUGGGGCCUUUCAACUUACUGCCUGGUGAGCUAGUAGAGGAGCUGACGUUGCUGCUUUGCGACAGGAAACAGCUGUCCCGAGCAGCCCUCCAUCUCCUGCUGGUCCCUCAGCUCCGAGCUCUGUCUCUGGAAAAGUGUCCCGGUCUUGCCACCUCUGCUCUUUGCUCCCACAUUGCUGCACGUUGCCAGGGUCUGUGGAGUCUGGACCUCUCCGGAGCUCAGCAGCUGCCUUCAAAGAUCUGUCAGACACCCUUUGCUAUUUACCUGCUGCACUCGCUCUCACUUGCUGGAACACCUUGUGAUGAAUGUGUAAUCAGGACAAUCGCCCUACAGUGUCGACGUCUGCGCAACCUGGACAUUUCCCGGUGUAUUUUUCUCUCUCCUGCUGCACUACUUCCUCUUGCAUCUUGUCCUGCACAUUUUUCUUCCCCCAGCCCUCUGCUGUCUUCCGCUCUGGAUAUCGCGUUUGGAGAAGAGGAGGGAGACCCUGUGGCAGCUGCAGCCUUCCUCUCCUCUCACUGCCCUGCCUGCAGAGAGUGGCCAUGGAGGGUGUUCGCACAGGCCUGCUGUCUGAUUCAAAAACAAGAGUUUUACCAGACUUAUGAAUUCACUGAUAGAGAAGGGGUACCCCGGCUGGAUGAGUUGUGGAGGCAAAGGUUGGACAAAGACAGGGGGAAUAAAAAGAGAGAAGGAGAAAGAGAUGAGGAUGAAAAGGUGGAGAUAUUGUGGGAGGGGUCCAGCAGUGAGAGUGAGGAGGAUUUAAACAACGAUGAAGGACCAGGCUGCUCUCAGAGCCGAGCUGAAGAAAAGAGAGUCUUGUCACAGUCUGGUGAUAACCUGAUCCUGCGGCUAAAGGACAUCAGAGGCUUAUCGUGUAACUAUCUGGGCAGUGUAAGUCAGUUAUGUCCAAAUAUCCACUCCAUAUCUGUAAACAUGGAUGAUGAUGAAGAUGCCAGAGGAAGAAGUCAGGGAUCUUUGUUAGCAGCGAGCCUGCAGACAUGGUCAGGUCAGCUGAGGAGCCUCAUGCUGAAAUACCAGGGCCCUCUGCUGGAUCUACUUCCUGCCUUGCAAGUAUCAGGCUCCUCCUUGUCAUGUCUCACCCUGGAGGGAGUAAAAACAAGCCCUCACACUCCUCUACUGGACAUCAUCAGGGCCUGUCCCAGACUCAGAGACCUGAUCGUCUCUGCUGAGCCUUCAAGCAUGCCACAGGAAGAAGAAGAAGAAGAAGAGGGAAGAAGAAGAAGAAGAAGACCAACAACGAGAGGGAAGAACAGAACGAUCAAGAUCUUCCACGGCUGCCCAACCUUCACUCCAUUCUUCUACGAGCACAGCCAAAUGAAGCCUGUCAUGUCCUGGAUGUCCCUAAAGAAGGUGCUGAAGUGUCUUCUCUCUGGUUCUCCUUUACUGGAGACGCUCUCGUUAGUCUCCAUUCCGUGUCCUCUGAACUCUGUUUUACAGGAUGUACUGCGCAUGGUGGACAUGGACCUGCUUCUCUGUGUAGACUCUACAGAUCUACCUCCUAUUCCACUUGGGCGUCUUCAGCACAUUGACCUGCAGAGGACAGAUGUCAAGAUAGCAACAGUGGAAAGUUUGAUGCUGCAAAGCAAGAGACUGAAGUGCAUAAAUGUGAGUUACUGCUGGCAAAUCAGUCGGCUUGAGUGCCUCAACUGUGCCUCAGUCAGUAAAGCCCAACUUGUCUGGUCUUAGUGAGGAGAUGGUCAGCUUUCAUUACAGAAUCAACAACACCUACUCUUAUUAAAACCGAAUGUACAUUUACAUCGUCAAUGA